CCAGCCCCACGCUUCACCAUGGCGUCCAUCAUAUCGAAGUCGACGACUUCUCCGUCGAUGUCGGCUUCAUCGGCAAUUCCGUCGGUGUCUACCGCGCCUACUUCGGUAAGGUCGACGAAAGAUAGCGAUCCCCCAGCCGUACGUUUCACCAAGACGCAAGAUCUCUUCGACGCAAUUGACGACGACGACAUAAUUGCUACGAAUAGGGAUUCCCUCACCGUCACAAGUGUGGUAUUGCCCUUUUGUUUCUAUAUAGCAUACUAAUUGUUUAGACGUCUCUCCUAGUCAUUUAACCAAAAUCGAUCGUGCUCGAGAGAAGCAAGGCCGCAAGUUCCGCUUUCACGAUUACGACAGCAAUUCUCGGAUCCUUAUUAUCACAAUCACAACCAAGCUUCAUGAGAAACUCCACAAACCGAUAUAUGAUGGGGUUCUUUGGCAGGUUUACAAUAUGGGUUUAAAGAAGAGCUGGGACAAUAUCGGCAAUGCUAGAUAUUCAGCACAAGGCCAUUCUGGACGAAGUAGUAAAGAGGGUGAUUCGGCUGGUGGCCCAAAGCCUCAACGAGCAAGCUAAAUUGGCCUGGCCAACACUUGUUAUCGAGGCAGGAUUCUCUCAGUCGUUGGGGGAAUUGCAUAUAGCUAUGCGGCGGUGGUUUUCUAUGUCGAACCACGAGGUCAAGAUUGUUCUUCUUGCCAAGUUCAACGGUACCACAAUCCUUUGAGAAGUGGGAGGAAGAAGUGCAAGUUCGCCCUGGAACUACCACAACACGACAGUCUCUUCAACACCCAGCACCUAUACUCCGACAAAACAUCACCAUUACCCGAAACACUACUACUAACCUGAUAUCGUACAAUGUCACUAGCGGCGUAUUAGUACUAUCGUUCCGGCUUCUC